AUGCUUGGCGCCUCUGCUUUUCCUACCGACAGACCUUUGGUCAAGAUGGAUGUCGCCAACUCGGCCGUCCCCGUCGCAGAUGAAGUCGACAGUCUGAACUCCAUCGACAAGCGGGCUUCCAUUUUCGAUAUCUGCUUCAAAGGCUACAAUCCGCCUCCCCCCAUCAGAACCGACAACUUGUCCCGCUUCCUCAAUAUCGAGGCUGCUAGGGGCGUAGCUCCGACCAACUGGGAACAGGCAACUGGCAAUCGACAUGUCCAAUUCCAAGCAUGGACCACCGACAACCUUGGGCAAUUCCGUGGCCGCGUCCGCCUUCGAUUCAACCCGCUGUUCCAUAUUAGCGGCCAAGAAUUCCGAUGGACCGUCAGCUGGAGACGUGGAGGCACUGAGGGUUGUGUUCGUGGCGGUACUAUGAGUGUCCGAGACCAGGAUGCUGAUUUCAGCUUCGAUAUCGAUUCCACCAUGGAGUACUUCUUCACGAUUGAAAGAACCUAG